CACCAGCAGCUGCUGCCGGGCGGCCUGCCUGCUGCUGCUAACGGGGGCGCAGCCGGGGCGGGAGGAGACGAGGUGUCGGCCGAGCUGGCAAAGCUCUUCGAGGAGUUCUGGUCGGCGCACAGGGACCGGCCGCUCACCGGCCGCAACAAGAUCCUGGCCGGCGUGUGUCCCGGUGUUGCCGGGCUGCUGCCCGUGAAGCUGGCUGCGCUGCUGGUGCUGAUCGGGGGCGUGACGCGGAGGGAUGAGGGCGGCACGCACAUACGUGGGGAGCUGCACUUGCUGCUGGUUGGAGACCCUGGGACAGGUGCGACGUAUAACGUACGACAUACCAAGUACUCCCAUAACUUCAUAUAUCCGACUGCCUAUCUGACGUUGCCUUGACAAUGUAACCGUCAGAGUACGUUCAGGACACUACCAUGCGGGAAUCCAUGGAACCACGGCAGGCUCGUGUGGGUUGCGUGUUUAUCAUGCGGGUUUAA